AUGCAAGAGCCCUUUCCGGGGGUUCGCGACAUGGCCUGCGAGACUUUCCUGAAAGUGGCCAACAAGUGCAAAACCACCAUUGCGGCCAACCACCAAGAGGACGAGCGGAACUUCGUGUUGAGCGUAAUAGAAAACCACACGCAGCAAACGGAGGUUUUGGAUGAGAAGCAGCAGCUGCUGUUCUUCGAAGCUGUUGGCCACAUCAUCUCUGCAACGCCAGCAGAAGUGCAGGCGAGCUGCAUCGAGGGUUUGAUGGCGAACUCUUGGGAAGCUUGGCAGCAAAUUGUCAAAAGCGGAAAAGAAAAUCAACUUUUCCUUUUCAACCCUCAAGCAGCAAAACGCCUCGUCCAGAUCCUCAGAAUCAACCAGAGAGUCGCCAA